GCUUGAAAUCAUCGAGGUCCCAUGUCGAUCGGUGCAGUAAAGCUCCAGCCCCUUUGCGUGACUGUCUGUCAGACGGUUGGGCAUCAAGAUUGCAGCCUGGUCUUCCCCACUCUCGCAAUCCUCCAACUUCCAACCCAAACUCACCUUGCUCAUCUCUUGCAACCACCUGAAUCCCACUCCACAACGAAAUCCAAAUGGCAGACCAACAGAGCGCCUCACGAUUACUCAGUCUCCCGCGAGAACUCCGUGACAAGAUCUACUCCCACCUCUUCCACGACCCCCCAAGCUGGAUUCGUCUUGACGUCGUCUGUCCUCUCGACGCCGCCCUGUUCAAAGACAGCUGCACGCCCAGCGCCAACUCGCACGCAAUCCAACUCUACGGCCUUCUUCUCUCCUGCCGACAGAUCUACGCCGAGGCCUUCCAUUUCUACUACCCGAGCAGCGUCUUCUACCUGUACAGCGUCAAUGCGGCGGUGCGGCGGCUGGCGCUCAUGAAGCCGGAGUACCGAGAGCAGUUGAAGUGUGUCAAGGUCUGCCUGCCUAUCCACGAGGAAACGGCAUUCUUCUCGUGGAUCCCGGAGGUCCACAAAGAGGCGUCACGGAAUCGGAUGAGGCGGAGUCGGUUGGAGGCUUUGCUCUUGACUAUGGACCGGGAGGGCAUCAAGUUGCCGGCGGGGGUUUUGGGCACUGCUUUUGCGCCGCCAGUCGAUAGGCAGAUUGUGGAGGAGGAUGACGAGCAAUCAAGCGAGAGUGUAGAGGAACGCAAUAACGACGAGACGACUGCACAGGAGCAGCGACCGGAGAAGCCCGAUCUGGUCUUCUUUCGACAGAUUGCAGCGAGAAUGUGCAGCUAGAAUAUCUAGAAUGACUGGGGCACAGCAUAAACAUGUAGCAAAAGGAUAAGUAAGGUACAUGUUCAUCACUCGAACCAAGGUCGUUGGCAGC